CGGCAAGCAAAUUCAGCUUGGAAAGUGUGCCAUGGCCGUUGUGCCCGCUCUGCGGAUGUCGAAGCUUAGGGCCGGCACCUGUCGCGGGCUCUCGACUUCGGGUACACGCACGCCCGGCUCGCGCUCGGCGCGGCCGCGGCUCGUGGAGCUGCUGGCCGCGGCGCAAGCCUCCACCGCCCUGACGCCCACGCGGGCACUGGCGAGCCUCGGGGAAGUGACCAGCGUGGCCGCGGCGGAGCAGAAGGUCCCUGACCUCGUCAGCAGCCCCGCCUUUGCCGCGCUGCUCGGCCGAGUAGAGGCUCGGCUCUUCAGCUUCUCAGCCAUGGAGGCAUAUCUGCUGGUAGUUUGCCUUUGCAAGCUGGACAAGUCUGCGGAGGUUGGGGCGGAGGUGAGGAGCACACUCCGGGCUGCACUCCAGCAGUUGGCCGACGACAUGGAGGAGCUGGGCGCGGAGGCCUUGGCGCAUCUGCUGCAGCUCAGGGCGCGCCUGGAGGAGGUUGCCCCGUCAGACUUUUGGCCAGGCCUCCACGCACUGAUGGCGCGGCGCCUUUCGCUCGACGCAGCGGGCGGCACCUCGUGCAAGGCGCUGUGUCGCUUGGCCGCGGCGUGGCGAAGGCUGCAGCGACCCAAUGAGGUUCAGGAGCUGGCGAGGGCCUGUGAGCAGAGG